AUGGACGAAUCAUUCUCUAGUUCAUCUAGCGAAAUAUCAAAUAAUUCAUACUCAUCCGAUACCAAUAGUUACAUUCCAAAAACAAUUUCAAAAUGUUUUUCUAAAGGUUCAUUUUCUGAUAAUGAGGGAAUAAAAAUUUUAAGUGAGGAGGAAGUUUACCAAAAGUGGAUUUCAAUAUGUAAUUUAAUGAAUUUGAUACUUCCUGUUUCAACAAAAGUUUUAUUUUAUCUUUUAAAAAAAUAUAGAUGGAAUAUUGAAAAUAUUCAGGAGCAAAUUUUUUAUUAUACUCCUGACGUGUUUAUUGAACAGGAAGACAUCAAUAUUGAGGAGGCAUUUUGCCAAUCAAAUUUAAUAAAAAAUAACUAUAUAAAUGAAUGUAAGAUAUGUUGUGAUAGUGAUUAUCUUUAUAAGCUUAAUUGUAAUCAUGAAUGUUGUUUAAAUUGUUGGAAAAAUUAUAUUGCCACUAAAAUUGUUAGUAAUAAUGAUCUGUAUUUUUUUUGUAUUGAGACGGAUUGUAAGUUAAUGAUAAAUCAUUUCGAUAUUGAAGAUUUACUAAAUGACAAUGAGGUGGAAAAUAAUUUUAUGAAUGCUAAAACUAUUUUAAUUCGUAACAUUGUUAAAAGAUAUGUUAAUGAAAGUGAUAAUAUUAUUCAAUGCCCAAAUGGUUCAUGUAGAAAUUGUAUUAGUUUUGAAGAAGAUAUAAUUAGUGGAAUAGAGUGUGGUUGUGGUGGUUUAUAUUGUAAAAUGUGUACAGAAAAUUUUCAUUAUCCUCUAAAAUGUGGAAUGAUUACAAAAUUUAUUAAUUAUCAUGUUGAAAGUAACAAAGAGGAGCUUGAAACAAUCAAAUUUAUAGUUCAAAAAACUCGCCCAUGUCCUAAUUGUAAAAGUGAUAUUGAUAAAUUUGAAGGUUGCAAUCAUAUGACAUGUAUGAAAUGUCGUUAUGAAUUUUGUUGGUUGUGUUUAGGGCAAUGGCCAGGAUACAAUAUAUCUCACGAUUGUAACAUAACAAAAUCAUCAGUUUAUCAAGAAAUAUUAAAAAAAUUGGAGCUUGUUGAGAGAGAUGUUGUUUUAGAAGAAAAAUAUACAAAAUAUUUUGCAAAAUAUCAUGAUAGCUUAGUUAAUAUGAAUCAUGAUGAAAAUUUAAAAAUUUUUAUAGAAAAUAUUUUAAAAACAUUUGAAAGUAUUUGUGAGAGAAAGUAUCUUGAAAAGGGACUUAAUAAGCUUCAUAGAUUACUUAUAUUUCAUAGAAGACUUAUUAUGAAUAUUGCCGUAUUUUUAUUUUUUUGCAAUGACCCAAGUUUAAAUAUGACUCUUCUUGAAUGUAGAAUGUCUAUUUCAGAAGGUUUUGCAUCUUCAGUAUGUAAUUUUAUUGCUCAUGAUAUAAUGACACUUGAAAAAGACGAUAUUAAUAGGGAAGUUUUUAACAAAACAAUUGGACUAUUUAAGGCGAUAUCAAUAAUUUUUGAAGAAUGUGAGAAUUGUUUUAAUAACAAUUAUGUUAAAUUUUUUAAUAUAUAA